AUGUUUCGGUUAUGGUGGAUAACAGUGUUCGUUGUUGGACUGACUUUCAAUGUUGUGUUAUCACAUGAUGACCUACCGCCCGGCCAUUCUGAAGACGAACAUGAUGAAGAACCAGAAGACCAGGCAGAUGAAAAUGACCCGGAUAAAGAGGAAAUAGACGACGAAGAGAAAGACGACGAUGAUAAAAGCGAGGAUGAUGAAGAUGAAGGUCAGGAAGAUGAGGGAGAAGACGAAAGUCAAGGAGAUGAGGACGAUGAACAAGAUCGUAACAACUUGGAACAUGACGCGUUUUUGGGUAAGUAUAGGGACUGCAUUUACCCUCACGUUUUUUGUUAUCACUAUAAAGAGCGAAAAGAUACUAUGGCUACAAGUCAAGAUCAAAAACAUCAACCUAGUCUACAUCUGAGUAAGCACCGAGAUUAGUUUUUUUUGUCGUAUCGAGUGGCCAUACAUUAGAAUUUCAAAGUGCUUGGUUACAAAUUUAUGGAUUCAACGACUCAAUCUUUAAAGGAAUCAAAUUAGAAAGCCUACGGCAAGACCUGAUGGAGGUCUCACUGCUUAAGAUAUGGCCAAGUCUAUGUCUGAAACUGAAAUCCACUUUUAACAAAUCUUGACGCCCUAUCAACAUAAGUAGGGUAAUCAGUUUUUUAAAAAUCCUCGCCUGAUACAGCCCAUUUGUGUGUUUACUUUAAAAAGGCCCGACUAUUCCAGAAAUUAUACUUUGGUUUCUGGAUAGUUAAGAAACUGUGGAAAACGUCUGAUAGCACCCCACUACUCAAGCGGUAAAGAAGGUUAGAUAAAUGCUACUGUUAAACUUGCAGUUUCCAUUUAGAGGUGUAAAUGAAAAGAAACACAUUAGCACCGCCUCCCAGAGACAGCACAGAUUUUUCUAAUUGAAUGAAGGAAGCGCAGUUGUAACAACCAAACCAGUGUAUUCCAUUAAUUGACAUAUCUUCGCCAUUAAUGAUUCAAAGUUCAAUUAACAAGCGUCUUCUAAGAAAUAAAAAAAUUGUCAGCAGGUACAUGCAAGUGCAAAUCGUCUCCUCUUUCUUGUUAAUUUUUAUUUUUAGGUUUAAGGACACAUCCCUUUAUUUUCUUGUUGUUUCCUUUUGUUUUACUUUUCUUUUUUUCUUUCCUUUCUGUUCUGAACUCUAAUGAAUGAAUUGAGAGAUCACGGUAGUCGAAUGCAUGAAAAUGAUAUCAGCGCCCUCCUUAGACGCUUCGUUUUUCACACAGAGACGAGCGCGAAACGCGAGUGACACGCGAGUGACUGGUGAUGAAGCGCAAGGGACCGCCUUCCUUAACGCGUAAAUUUUCAUCGAGAGAGAGACUUCUGGGUACAAAAACUAAUCACACAAACUCGAGGACUGAUAUUAAGUGUUUAAAGGGCUGAGUUCUGCAACACUCCAUUUGAGCCCCUUUGACAUUGGAAGUUAAAUUUGUAGGCAAGCAGUAAACACUUAAGUUUCGUUUCAAAUUAAACAUAAGAGUUUUAGCUCUCUAUUGAUUGACAGUUAAGUAAACACGCACUGAAAAGUAUGGGCUGUUUUUAUAUCGUUGUAGCCAAGGGCGUAAGCGACAUUCACACCGGUUAAACGCGCCGUUGCGUUUUAAAAACUAACCUGUGUAAAGACGCCCCCCUCCCUUCAGAAAAAAUUCGGGAAGGGGAUGGGGGCGUCUGUACAUAGGCUAUAUAAAUAAACCCUUCUUUUUCUUUAUAAGGGGAUAACUACACGGAGUUUAAAGGGCUUUCUCCCGAGGACGCGAAAACGAGAUUAGCGCAGUUGAUAAAAGAUGAAGUGGACCUGAACAAAGAUGGCGUGCUAACGGAAGAUGAGAUCAGGCAAAGAUUUCACCUAACCAAUAAAGAGUACAGGAAAAAAGAAGUCCUGGAAACCAUGAAACAACAUGACGAGGGUAGGUUACAUGAAAAAUUUCAUUUUUGUCUAGAAUUGGACCGGGAUUGCAUCUUAUAUACUAGAUGCACGAUACCAGCUUAAAUAACAGGAAGUAAGUGAAUCAGUGAACAUAAAACACGAUUUACUAAUGCCCGGGUCGUAAGUGCGCCAGGGAGACGCCAAGCCAUGGGGAAAAGGAGUGUGUUUCCCUUGCGUGCCCGAUGUGAUGAUAACAAAAAAAGUGAAAAAGGAGUUACUGUAUAAAAAAAUAAUCAAAUAUGGUGAAUUAGGCAACAUAAAAAGAUUCAAAAACUUAAAAGGCUUCGAUUCGAAAGACAGAUUAUCAGACCAAGUCUACAAGCUCAGCCCUGAUCUAAUUUAACAAGGAGAAUAGACCUGUCGAUUAGUGAAAAAUGUUUUUUAGCCUAUUAGCUUCUUUAAAAAGGGCCGUUUUUUCACUUCAUAGACAAAGAUGGUAAAGUGUCCUGGGAGGAAUUCAAAAAGGGGCACUAUUCUGACGAUGGCAAGGACGAGGACAGCAAAGAACAAAUGAAAGAAGACGAAGAGAAAUUUAAAUUUGCUGAUGAAGAUGGGGAUGGCAAAUUAGAUUUAGAAGAAUACAUGGCAUUCUACCAUCCUGGAGUAAGUAAUAUAGAUAAUGAUAAAAAGCAAUUGUUAUUUAGCUAUAUAAAAGUAUUGGCUGAUAGUAAAAGUCCGCUCAAGAAAAAAGUGGUUCGUUUAUCUCGCUCAUGCAGUUAUUAACCGAAACGCUUCUAUAGGUAUGUGAAAAAGGUACCUUCUGAAGAAGGUAUAAAAAUAGGUGUACCUCUCUUUUUGGUCAACAAAAAUGGUAUAUACUAAAAGAAUCCAGAACUCGGGGGUGAGGUGGGGGUGGGGGGGGGGGAGAAGGGGUUGAAGUAUCGCUAAUUGCAUCAAAAACCCUUCACUUGAGUAGUCUACAAACACCAUGUUUCUGUCUGUACGUUACACAAUUGUUGAAAUUAUUUCUUAACGUUCCGGUCUCUGUUCUUAAUUGCUAACGACCUUAAGCAACGACGAAGGCGACGACUACGAGAAAGUAAAAAAACAAACAAACAAACAAAAAACAAUGGGUUCAUUUAAUAACAACAACAACCGUGAACAACAACAACAACACUGCACGUGCAUCACACUUUUUGGUAUAUGUCUUUGCACGACUACGACAUGAAACGUCCUCAUUCAACGUUUUAUGGAGGACCUAAUUUCAAGUCAACGAAUUGUUCUUUCUCUUUUCUGAAUUCCUCUUUAGAGCAGUAUUAAAAGACUAUUAUUUAGGGAAAAUCCCACCGUUGUAUAAAUUCAAGAGAGUAUAAAUAUUUUCGCCAUUUUGCUGUGGCUUGCAGGAUAAUCCACGGAUGGCCGAGUUUACGAUUCAAGACAGUCUAAAAAAACACGAUAAAGACAAGGACGGCGAGAUAUCAAAGAAAGAAUUUUUAGGUAAGAAAAUCUUCCGUCUGGCAUUAAAACCCUCGUUUUGCAAAGGCCUUUAAAUAACAGAAGAGUAAUGCUUAGCAGUCUUAGCACGAAGUACAAAACUUACGUCUCGCUCUGUUUUUUCCAUUGUAUUGUAGUAUUGUAGGGUCUCCAAAAUCCUCUUCUUUCAAAUGGGGGAUUACGAAGCUGUCCCUUUCAAUAUCGGGACCUUUUGAUAGCCUACUUUCUACGAGAAAAUUAAAAAAAAUUAAACUUCUAUGCAAAAGCCUGUCUCGUUGAAUGACGGAGGCAAGAAUCUGUGGGCGCCCGUGGGCGCUAAAAGGCGGGAAAAUUUCGCGGGAAUUUCGUUCGCGGCUUCCGAUUGAUCAAAUGCAAGAGAUCAUAAUGAUCCCUUGUCAAACGAUAAUUUAACUGGCUAGAACUCAUUUUGAUGUGAAAAUUUCAGUAAAUAAUUGUUUCAAUAUGCAGUAAAAUAUGGUGCUUGCUCUUAAAACAUGCCAUAUCAAAUAGGCUCAUUAUUUCCCGUCUCUUUCCUCAACCUCGCAUUAAAUAUUUCUUUCAGCCACCUUUAGCGAUGUCAAUGAUGACGCAAAAGAAGAAAUGGAAAAAGAUUUCACCAACAGUUUCGAUAAAGACAAAAAUGGAAAGCUUGGUAAAGAGGAGAUGAAAAGCUGGCUUUUCCCGGACGACGAUUUCUCACAAGAAGAACCAAAAACAUUGAUCAAAGAAGCAGACGACAAUAAAGACGGAAAGCUGAGCAUGGAUGAAAUUAUGAACAACUACAAAGUCUUUAUUGAAGAUGAACCGAAUGAUGAAAAUCAUGAUGAACUGUAA